AUGAAAACGCUACAUCCAAGCAGAUUAGAGAAUGAAGAUGCGAAGAAAGUCUUUGAUGAACUGGAGAAGGAAAUUCUUAAUUUCCCGGACCGUAUUUUCCAAUCCAAGCCACCUGCGGAUAGCUCACAGGCAACCUUCACACUCAGUGAGAGGGUUGUAGCGAGCAAAGCCAGGUCUGGUUCAUUUCCUGAGGAAGUAGUUAUCUGCCCGAAAGCUCGUCUCCAUGAAACUACGGUAAAGAAGAAGACAAAAGUCUUUAAGUGUCGGUGCUGCUGUGUAGAUGAACCGCAUUCAGACGGCUUGACCUACAAGCUGAUAAAAGAGAAGAGCUUCCUCAGAGAGGAACUACAUCCUAGUGGGCUGCGCAAGUGGUUUAUCGUGACACUGAAGCCAGAAACGCUACAACUUGUCAUCGUGAGACUAUCAGAAGUAUCGCCUAUAUAUUCUAAAGAGGUUGAAACCUUGUCGAAGAACAUCGCUUCGCAGGGAAUAUCUUCUGAGCGUGGCAUUGGCACGGCAGUUAGGCCCAGAACGAUGGAGAUGAUACAGAAAAGCGAUUGGGUGUUCCCGUCUACCAAAAUAAUGAAAGUUAUUUUCCACUCGUUCAACACCACAACAUUACUUCCAAAGCCGUCAAGUGUCGAGCUAAAACACUUUGGCGUAUUGCAAUCGCCCCAUACGGAGAAUGAUGUAGGUCACCAGGCUCUCACAAACCUACUGCCUCAGUCCUACUUCUGCAUCCUCUCCAGAGGAUCUCAUUCGGACGAAGAAAACUGGGAAGUACGAGUUAACUCACAUACACGGAUAUGUCACGAAACCAACCCUCUCGGUAGGCUUGUUGUCACUCUUCAGAAUACGACGGUACCUCAAGCCAUGAAUCAAGCGCAGCAAGGACCUGAGGGCGAUGUUCACUUUUACUUCGAUCUACGUGAAGAUGCACAGCUAUUCGCUGCGUAUUUGAAAGCUGCUCAGGACAGACUGCGGGAACUGUUCGUCCGUGGCCCUAUGGAGAACGAGAAAAUCGUGGAUUCUCGGCUGUUUGAUGCUGAUUACAGUCUACGUACCCAGACUAACGGUUGGAGGGAGUUUCCAAUACCCGCCGAAGAUGACACACAAGCAAGAAUCAGAUUUAUGUUGGUAGCAUUACAGGAAGAUGGAGAGCAGAGGUACAAGGCAAUUAUGUCACGAGAGGGAUACGCUGAUGCUGUUUGUAUCGACUGUAGGGAGUUUUCUAUCAUAUUUUAUAUGUGCCUCGAGACUGACAGCGUGACAGUCAAGGACAAAACGCCACAAAUACCUCAAAGAGGCCUCUUGAAGUCUCUGGAAGACAUUGAGGUAUGGAUAAGUGAUUACGAUGCGAAUGGAAAGUCUGUUGUCUCCCAGAUGAGCUGGGAGGACCUCACUCGACGAGGGACCAAGCCACGAAGUCUCAGAGCCACAUUCAUCAAGAGUUUUGGAAGCGAAAACGAGCGUACGGCUGGCGAUUGGCUUGAUGUGGUAGAUGACCUGAUCAGAGCUAUGCGAGGAGACAAAAAGGAUCCCUACGAACGGGUCAAGAUUGCCAUCAUCGACUCUGGCUUGCAUGAUAGGGAGAGAGACCGUUACCAAACUGAGUAUAAAGACUUUACUGGUGUUCCUACGAAUGACUCGUGGCACGGUACUUGCUGUGCUGGGAUAAUUCAGGGAAUGUAUGAGGAGGCUAGGCUAUACAUCGCAAGGGUCUUUGAACGGGACCAUGCUGAUGAGAUUGAAGGGCCUCUUCGGAUGGCGAGAGCUAUCCACUGGGCCAUCGAACCACCUCGCUCCGUCGGCAUCAUCAGCAUUUCAGCUGGUUUCCGCAACUACUCCAAAGAACUCGAUGACGCCGUCACGAGAGCCAAAGCCGCUGGUGUUCUCGUGGUAGCCGCAGCAUCAAAUUGGCAGAACACAAACACUGUCGCGUUCCCAGCUCGCCAUAAUCUCAGUACGAUGUGCAUUUACUCUACCAAUACUGGAAAUCAGAGCUCAAGCUUUAAUCCGGAACCUCGUGCUGAUACGCAGAACUUUGCUAUUCUAGGCGAGGGGUUUCAACAUCCAGAUCAGAGGAGGAAUGAGCGCUUGAGCGGAACGUCAAGUAAGAACCGUGGAUCUUGA